UGUACUUGCUUGGCUGUCAGUAUGGAACUGGGCAAAGCCAAGUUGCUGAGGUCAGGUCUGAACACGCUACACCAAGCCAUCCACCCCGUCCACGGAAUAGCCUGGACUGACGGGAAGCAGGUCUGCCUCACCUCCCUCUACUACGCCAACUGCGAAGUCAAAUUCGGCGACACCAACGUCAUCGGUCAAUUUGAGCAUGUCUUCGGCCUCUCCUGGGGCCCUCUGUGCUGUUCCGGCGCUCCUGCCCUGUUGGCCGUCCAACACAAGAAACAUGUCACAGUGUGGCAGCUGCAGCUCAGCGCUCUGGAACAGAACAAGCUGCUCUGCACUCAGACCUGUGAGAUGAGUGAACCAUUCCCCCUGCUGUCUGAGGGAUGUGUCUGGCAUCCCAAGAUGGACAUCCUUUCUGUCCUCACUAAGAAAGACGCCUCUGUGCUGUUCUGCGUCCGCGUGGACAACCGUAGAGUCAAGGCUGAUAUUAAAGGCAGUGGACUCAUCCACUGUGCCUGCUGGACCAAAGAUGGCACCCGGUUGGUUUUGGCUAUAGGAAGCGCCCUUCACUCCUACAUCUAUAAUGAUGUUCAGAAGAGUCUUUUAGCCUGCUCCUUCUGCCCCAUCUUUGACGUGGGCGGGUACAUCUGUGCUAUCGAGUCGACAGGCGAGGCCCAGGUGGCAGUAGCUACAGAGCUGCCUCUGGAUAGGAUCUGCGGGCUGAAUGCUGGCAUAGCAUUCGACGUGUCCUCAGAUUCAGAGUCCUCCCUACCUGGACAUUCUUCUCCUAUGGUGAUGUUGGACGAGGACGGUUGUAUAGACCCCCGCAGGAGGUCCUUUGACUCUGAGAGGUCCUACCUCUCCUGCUCAGCCUCCGGCGGCCCUAUGGACCUCACCCACCUCCUGGCCAAGCACCGGCGCUCAGACCCUAGUCCACUCAUACACCUGCGCCGCAGGGACCACCUGACUGGCUCCGGACAAGAUUCAUCCCACCUUAUCCUGGUCACCUACGAACGGAAAGUCACCAGCACCAGUAAGAUCAGCAUCCCUGGGAUCCUGGUGCCGGACAUCAUGGCCUUUGACUCCAGAGGUUCCACGGUGGCGGUGGCCUCCAACACGUGUAGCAUGGUGCUGGUCUACUGCAUCACGCCGUCCGUCAUGCCCAAUGUCCAGCAGAUCUCCUUACAGAAAAACGAGAGGCCCAAAGGCAUCUGCUUUCUUAGUGACAAGAUGUUGCUUCUCAUGAUUGGCAUACAUAAGUCCAACGACCCUGCCUUCCUCCCCUCCUCCAAUACGGACAAAUACAUCCUGCGCCUUGCCUCCAAGGAGAUUGUCUACAACGGAGGAACCCCGGCGUCUCCCUCCCCGAACCGGGAAUCCCCCAUUAGACGCCACUCGAAGCAUGUCUUGUCUAAGGACGAGCAGCAGGAGAUUGUGGAGAUUAAGGAGCUGGUGCUGCCGGGAGGAGGUGUAAUCCAGUCCCAUUCUCCAGGGAGUAGCAACAGGAGGCUGGUGGAGGAGGUGAGGAGCCCGGAGCCCAGCUCAGUCGACUUCCCCUACUCUGACCUCUGUCGCCCCUCUGACCAACCUCACUCUAACGCUUCCUCCAUUACGGUCGAAAACUUCGACAUGGAACCCGUCAACCGGAUGACGAUGCUCUCCAUGGCAGGACAGGCUAGCAGGGAGUCAAGUCGAACCUGCUCCCCAUACUACAACCCUAGGGAUAAGCCCCACACAGAGUUCCCCACCCUGCCCAAAACCACCCCCUUGGCCCCCAGGGAGAAGGAGAGGAACCUGGAGCAGCUGUCUCAGAACAUGGAGAGGAUUUUCUCUCGUUUUUCUGAGGUGCAACAGUGUCUGACAGAGAUCAGGGAUUUCACCCGGAACGGCAAAAAGGGUCUGGGGACUAGUUACCCCAACGCCUGUGAACCUCCAUACAUUAACAUUACAUGUCAGGUAGGGGUGACAUCUUACAAGAUAUGACUUAAUUUGGGCUAUUUCAUUUCUAUGUCUGCAAAAGCUGGAGAUUUUCAGAGCCACAUAAAAAAAAAGCAUGUUUAUUGAAAGACCUUACUUAUUGAAAUUAUAGGCCCCACCUUUGUAUAAUAAAGUUACGUUAGACACUAGGUCUGGGAAUUGGCAGGGACCUCACAAUACAAUAUUAUCACGAUACCUAGGUACUGAUACGAUAUGCAUUACGAAUAUAUAUGUAUUGCGAUUCAAUACUGUGAUUUUUUUUGUUGAGAUUUUAUGUUCCAAACAUAGUUUUGAUCAGUUUUGGCUCCCUAUUUAAAAAUAAGAUGGAGAACAAGCUAUAGGAUGAAAAAUACCGGAGUUUUGGCUCAGGUACAUCCGACCAGCGCUAGCUAACUCUACCUAAAGUAGCAAAAAAAAAUUACAAAUCAAUACUUGGAGUCCAGAAAUAAUAUUGCGAUAUGUAACUAUAUAUAAUUUUUCCCCCGUCACUAUUAGACACACGAAGGAACGUACUCUAUGUAUAUAAAUCACCCAGAUUCAGCAUUCAGCAGAUGUCAGAUUAAAUGGCUAAUGUUGAACUUGGUGGGCCUUGUCCGAAGGUGAAGAUACAGUAGAGACGUACUUUAAUGUACUCCAGUGUGCAAUCCACCAUUGGCUAAUAAUAGACAGCAGGCUGACAGCACAGUGUGUGCUAUUAUGGUUUUCCUAAAAGAGUGAAUAAAAGCACAAUUUGUGAAAUGAUGCCUUGCUGUUGCAUCCAUCAAUAACUGUCUGUGUUCUUGAGAAGGUCAGAAUUGUACUAACUAGCCCUCUCUCUCUCUCUCUCUCUCUCGAUCUCAUCCCUCUCCUCCAUGCAGAAGCAGCUGUCUGAGAAUGUGUUUAUAGAUGAGAGAAGGCCAGUGUUGCUGUGUGAGGGGAAGCUGUGUCUGAAGGUUCUUCAGGAGCUCUUCAACCUCACUGUAGUAGAGAUGGUGUAUGGUACGUAUCUGGCCCAUGGGCUUCCCCCAUACAAAUAAUAACACAUGGUUGUAGUCUUAAGGCUUGAGAGUCUUUGUUUUCACUAUGUAUACCCCAGGCUUAAUUCUACCAGUUAUUUGAGAUUAAAGGUAGAUUCAGCGAUAUGACGUCAUACACAGCGGGCGGAUUUCCUGAUUACAGGAAUCAACGCAAUUCAAAUCUGCAGACUGCCAUUAUUGGCUCAUCCCAAUCUAGGCAUGCCUCGAUGAAAUUGGGUAGUCUUCUCAGAAGUGUUUGUGUGUGAGUGGACGGGGAUAGAAAAAACGUUCUCCCUCAGGUUUCCAGGAAUCUAGUCAUAUAAGAAUAGGCCUAUAACCGCCAUAUCCUCAGCCCAUAGUCUAGACUGAGGAACUACUGAGCUUUUCUCAGCUAUUACAACUAACCAGACAAGAUGUUGUAUAUCAAAAUAAUUACGUCUCUGUUUCAUUCCACAUAAAAGGACAUGCAUUUUAAACAACAGUAUUUGGUGGUAAACGGAGUGCUUCAAUUAAUGGGUGGAGAGGCUGAAUAUGAGAGUGAUUAUAGGGUUACUGUGGAUUAAAAGGUUUAAAACAGAAGCAGCUUACAGCCCCACCACGCCCUCCCUGUGUUAGUUCUGCUAAUAUACACACUCAGCACGCCUCCUCCAACUCCAAGAGUAUUUAUAGAGUAUUUAUGACACCACUUCAUUCAGGAGUUUCACUGUUUGGGUUUUUGCAGCAAUCUGAGAGAGCCGUAUGUUGUGUUUACUGUACUUCGAAAACAGAUGUAGAAAUAAUUAGCAGACACUUGCUGGAUGAAAAGCUUAGUACUAUCUAUUUGAAGGGAUAAAUGGAUGUAAUCAAUGACUCUCCUGGUUUUAUAUACUGUAAGUUAAAGUCUUAGAAGCUGUCUCUUAAAGUUGAAACUCCUGUCUCCUGUGUGUUCCAGGUCCGUUGUGGAUAGUCCUGGUAGCGGAUGCAGAGGGCUUUGUGCCCCUGAUUUUUAAACCCAAAGAGGAGUUGACGGUGAGGAACGGAAAGAGGAAAUCUCCCAUCAGAACCCCUGGCAGCCCAGACUCCUUCCCCUCCAGCCCAGUCAAAUCCCACUCCAGCCCCGACAAAUCUCCUUCCAGCCCAGUCAAAUCUUACCCCAACACAGAGACUUGA